CGCGUAAUACUGCAAGUAAAUCUCUGUCUCUAUCGUUCAUGAAUAUCGAUAAGUAUAAAAGUGUUCUUUUGCGUGCUUCAGAUUUAUCGAAUAGAAAAAAAGAGUAAGAGAGAAAGAGAGAACGAAGAGAUGCAGUUAAAAGCUUUUUUGCUUGUACUACUAUUGCACGCGUCAGUUGCUUCAGAUUUCAAGGACAACUUUAAGAACUGUCAUCCCAACGUAUCAGGUUUUGACGUCUGCAUAAGAGAGGGAUUGAAUGCAAUUCGACCUUAUUUCAAAACUGGUUUAUCGAAAUACAAUGUCCUCCCAUUUGAUCCCUUUUUUGCCAGAGAGGUAACAGCUACAAGAGGAGUACCAAACUUUGGUUUUACUUUAACUCUUCGAAAUGUCACCGAGACCGGGUGGUCCCUGAGUAAAGUGACAAAAUUUGUUUCCGACUUAAAUAAUUACAAGAUUGUGUACACGCAAAGUUUCCCAGAGAAAAGGUUGACGGGUGAUUAUGAAUUUAAAGGCGCAUUUUUCAGUUCCACUAUAAAUAAUAGAGGAAAAUUCUCACUCACUUUGUAUGAUCUAAUACAAAUGACCACUGUGACCAAAUUGCCGGGACAAAAAUUGAGAGCUCAAAUAGACGUCCAAUCUAUCAAAGAUUUGAAGCUUCACAUUUCAAAUCUUCUAUUUGGCAAACGAUUCCUUGAGAGUAUCCUUGAUAAAAUAAUUAAUCAUACGUGGCAACCGGGUUUUGUCCUAACGAGGGGCCUGAUCAACGAAUUCGUUUCGACUGCUUUCACAGAGAUUUUCGAUAAUUCCUUCCGUGAUUUUCCCUUCGAGCAAAUUUUCAAAUCAAAGCCGUUUAUAAAUUAA